CCAGGCCGCUCGCGAUGCCAGUCAGUCACGUGAUCCCGGCAGGGCGGCGGUAGAAGGGCAGGAAGCGGAAGUGAGGCAGCAGCAGCUUGCGGUCCCGUGACCGUUGCGGCGCUUGGUAGCUACAGCGAGCGAGCGAGCGAGCGGGGCUGAGCGGCGCGGCGCGCGGGGCGAUGGCGGCGGGGUAUCAGUAUCGGCCCGGCCCGGCGGGCGGUGGCCCGGGAAUGCAGGAGCCCAACUUCCUGUGGAGCGUGUUCCAGAGGGUUGAUAAAGACAGGAGUGGAGUAAUAUCUGACAGUGAACUUCAGCAGGCAUUAUCCAAUGGAACAUGGACUCCAUUUAAUCCAGCAACUGUCAGGUCAAUCCUGUCCAUGUUUGACAGAGAGAACAAAGGUGGCGUGAACUUCAAUGAAUUCACUGGAGUCUGGAAGUAUAUCUCAGAUUGGCAGAAUGUUUUUCGAACGUAUGAUAGAGACAGUUCUGGAAUGAUUGACAAAAAUGAACUAAAGCAAGCACUAACAGGUUUUGGAUAUCGGCUAUCUGAUCAAUUCUAUGAUAUCCUUGUUCGGAAAUUUGACAGACAAGGAAGAGGACAAAUUGCUUUUGAUGACUUCAUUCAGUGCUGUGUUGUGUUGCAGAGGCUGACUGAUGUAUUCAGGCGCUAUGAUACUGACCAGGAUGGCUGGAUUCAAGUGUCUUAUGAACAAUAUCUUUCCAUGGUCUUCGGCAUUGUAUGACAGUGACCAGUGCAAAUGAGAUUGGCCGUUAGCGAUACAAAGACUGGAGUUGCCAAAUCUUGUUACUUACUGAAUAUGACUAAAAUGGAUAUAACUUUUUUCAUUCUCUUAAAUUGUGUAUCUCACCAGCUUCAGAAUCUGUUUGUACUCAAGCUGCUCAGCUUUUAUGUUGUAUUACUGUAACAACAAUGGCCAUAUCACCAUUUAAUGCAAAAUUUAGAAUUGUUUGUGAUGUCAGUGCUAAACACUUUUUUCCAGAUUAUCAUGCAUGGGGGAAAAAUAUUUUUUAGAAAUGCCAAAUUAAAGUAGUAAUGCUUGUUUAAUUAAAAGGGAUUUAAAGGUCAGACAGAAGUUGCACAACAUGGUUUGCACGUGCCUUACUUUUUAUAAGAAUUUAAUGCAUUAAUUUUAAUACAGAAUUUAAAACAGUAAAGACAUUACAGUCCCACUGUCCUGUCCAGUUUUUGUGCAUAAGGACAUUUCUCCAAAGGCAGCUCUGAUAGAUCCCUGCUCUUGUGUUUCAUGAUGUCUGAACUUAAGCCUCAGGUGUGCUGAGUCAUUGAAUGGCCUCCUCAGCAGGAGAGGCAACUUGCCUUCCUGCCAGGCUCAAUAGCCAGCAAUUGAACAUACCCCUAGUUCUUUACUCAUCAUGGAUGGGUUUGAGUUGGAGCUUCCUUUUUAACUUCUGCUGUCUGCUCCCUGCUAUGCCUGUCCAAUUUAGUUGCGGCUCACUUUUUCUAUUGUUUAGUUCUUAGCUAAGUGCAGAUUCUUCUUUGAGUGACGUCCCUGUGGAUGCUCCACUUCAGGUGAUUCUGUGCCCCCAUAGGAGAAUUCAGUACCCGGUUUGGCCACACAUGCAUCCUCCCUAUCUCACGCCGCCAGUAGCAGUUAACUAACAUUGUGCGACCAAACCUCCCCCGCCCUGCCUCAGUUCUUUCUCAACCACCCUUAGUCUGAGUCAGAGCUACCAGCAGUGCCUCUGUAUGUCUUACCUUUAGGUAUAAUAUAAGCAGUAUAGUUAGGUACAUAUCUAACUUUUUUUCUUUCUUCUCCCCAUUAGAAAUAGAAAUUUUUGUUUCAUUAGCCCCUUUGACAGAAAACUUCACCUGGGAAUGCUGGGUGUCUCUAAGCUUUAAACCUUGUUUAGCUAAGUGCAGACUCCUAGUGUUUCCCUCUGUUUACUUUGAGGGAUCUUUGCCUAAAGCAACACCUGCUCGAACAAGCCAUGGGCCCUGCUUCAGCACUGAGGGCUACAUUGGAUUGGAGGUUGCCCUCAGGUUCGGAGUGGGCUGCCAUUUUGCUGCUGGCACCUCUCUGAAGAGAUGGAGAAGUUGCUCUGUGUGGAGUUUGCUGAGGAGAAGGUAAUAGAACACCAAUCAUUGCUCCUGCAGGAGGUGCGUAGACCAGCAUAGUGUGAAUGCUGGUGCAUGGGAUGGAGCCGGUCUGUCAAUCACUCCCUGGUAUCACUCAUGGCAGUUAGAGAUUCCAUACUAGCUCUUCUGGCCCUGGAGCAUCUGUUGAGUUCAGUACUAAGGAAGGCAAUGCCAGCACCAGCUGUUCCUGUGCUGGUGGCAUAUCAGGCAGCAACAGACCUCCUUUGCCUUUCUAUCCAAUCCUCUCCCUUCAUUUAGGACUUUGCAGGCUGCAUCUUUUAUAACCCUAUUAGCCGGCCAGGUUGCUGAACCUGUGGGUCUGUCAGCACCAAACACUGCUGUUUCCCUUGCUGGGCUCAGCCCAAGUCACCUCUUCAGCAUCCCUGCUCCCAGCACUGCUGAUGUUUCAGGGCGGCACUCACCACCCUGCCCAGUUGGCAUGGUUAGUCACCAUGGUACUGCUGCUGACUUAGGAGUCAACACCACUUCCAGCACCAGAAAUAACAGGGGUGGACUUGGUGCUACAGCUGAGACAGACCAGUUGCUCUCACCUUUGGGCCUGGCUCCACCUUUAUCCCCCGAAGUCCAGGACUCCUCGGCAUCCAGGUGGGGAUCUUCCAUCUGACCCACAUCAGGUGGAUCACUGUAGGCACCAGGAUUAGCACUCACCUCACAGUUGGGACAGAUUUAAAUCCACUCCAAAGAUAAGGACUCUAAAUGGAUGGCCCUAAUUGGGAGGAAGAUUUACAUCAUCUCUUGGUUACAGGCCCGCGUUGCUAAUCGGUUGGCCUUGCUGUCCAAAUACAACUUUGUGUAGUGGAUGGCUAUGUCUAAAUUUGAAGACCAGCUGCCCAAAGCCUCAAGGAAGGACUUUUGAGCACUUAUUACAGAAGGCUGCUUGAUGGCUAAAAGGUUUAAAAAAAAAAAAGUAAUAAUUGGAGAUAUACCAAUCUCUUAGAACUGGAAGGGACCUCGAAAGGUCAUCGAGUCCAGCCCCCUGCCUUCACUAGCAGGACCAAUUUUUGCCCUAGAUCCCUAAGUGGUCUUCUCAAGGAUUGAACUCUCAACGCUGGGUUUAGCAGGCCAAUGCUCAAACCACUGAGCUAUCCCUUCAUUGCAGUCUAUGCUGGACAUUGCAGAUAUUUCAGCUAGACUCAUGGCCUUGGCAUGAGAAGGGCAUCCCUAUGAUGACAGUCAUUUUUGGGGGGGCAAGAUGGAUGGAAUUCUGCACUCUUUUAAGGACUUCAGUCUUACCCUAUGGUCCCAGAGGGGAGGGUGUAUAUGCUGGCAGGACAGAGGCACCACUACGGUGGUCAACAGCAGCAGUGUUGUCCACAGUGCACAUUUGGGCAGCCUUUCCCUACCCCAAGAUAGCAGGACUACACCAGAAAGGGACAUAGGUCCCAGAGGAGGUAGUAUUCAAAUCCAGGGUUUGACCAGUCAACAUGCCUUCCCCUGGCACACCCCAAAGCCCAUUUUGACUUCUUAGUCCAGAGCAGUGAUCCAGUUAUUGUUCCCUUCUCCCCAUCCCCUCCAGUUAGGGACAGGCUGGCUUGCUCUAUUGACUAUCCUCCUGUGUUGUCUGAAAAUGAUUGGUUUGUUGCUCUGGACCUUCAGGACACCUACUUCUAUAUGGUGGUUUUGCUAAGCCACAGAAAAUUCCUUCAGUUCAUUGUAGCAGAGCACCACGUUCAGUAUAUGGUGCUUCCCUUCUAUCUCUUGAGUUUUUACCAAAUGGAUGAUUGUCAUGACAGCAUACCCCUGGGAAGAAAGAAAUCCUCCAUCUUCCCAUCCCUGAACUAGUGGUUACUGAGGGGCAAGUCCAGAGAGGAAAUCCUUUCCCAUAUCGACCCUACACUGUGUGCUUGCUCGACUGUCUGGGUCUCAUCCUAAACAAUGGAAAGUCCACUUUGUUUCCCACUCAGAAAUCAGUUCGGUGGGGCCCUAAUACACUCUAGGACUUCAAGAGAGUUUUUGCUGACUGAUCAUUGUCAGGAGAUUUGCCACCUUUCUCUCAGCCUGGACUGAGCAAGCUGGGGUUGCUGAAAGUUCAAGGGCUGUGUCAGAACAGAUGUCCUCACUGCAUAUCCGUGUGUUGGAGUUUGGGGCCAUCUACAGUACAUGUUGCGCUUUCCUGGGCUGUAUCAAGGACUCAGUAGUUCACCUACUUACCGACUGUAUCACUCUGAUGUAGUAUGUGAACAGGCAACGGGGAGCAUGCGCUACAGUGCUCUGCCAAGAGGCAAUCAGGUUGUGGCAGUUACUCUCCUCCAUGAAUAUCACACUGCUAGCCAACCACUUGCCCGGAGUUGGAACUCAUCUCAUGGACCAUCUCAGGAAUUUUGCCUGAACCACAAGUGGUCUCUGAACAUGUGUCCUCUAACAAAAAAAACUGUGAUGGUACCUCCCAUAAGGCUUUAUGGGAAUAUGACAUAACUGGAAUAUGUUUUGUGCUGCCUGUGCCAUGUAACAUAUCUCUGUAAAGGUUAUGAUCUUCUAUAUCUAUUCAUCUUAUUUGUACACAUAUCAUUUUGUACUUGAAUAUUGGUUGUAUACCUGCUUGAUUUCUAAGCAAGCUUUGUGAAGCAUUUGGUCAGCUUCUUUAGGAAGGAAUUCGCAAGGUUAAGUACCUGGUCAGGAAGCACUUGGGGAACAAUGCAUCUUAGAAUGCUCCAAUCCACAUAAGUCUUCCUGGAGACAUACAAGACACCAUGUGGAUAAUGGCUUCUGCCUGCAAAGACUGAGAGUUAUGCAUGGACAUGUGACUUGCCCAGGUGACUCCAGAACUCCAUCUUGGAGCUGGACUUUGCAUAGGAGUGAGGAGGGGGUCUCCACCCACAAGAGAGAGUCUAUUUAAACCCUUGA